AUGAGCACCUCACAUCCUACGCCCACUUUCAAAGUUGGCCUCACGCAGGAGGAAAAAUUGCUAUACACUCAGAUUUUCAAGUCAUUAGAUCCUGAAAAUACCGGUAUUAUCACCGGUGAAAAAGCACGCACCACGUUUGAGAAAUCGAACUUGCCUCCAGCAAUAUUGGGGGAAAUUUGGCAACUUGCUGAUCAAAACAACUUGGGCUUUUUAAACCAGUUUGGGUUUUGCUAUGCCAUGAGAUUGAUUGGGUAUACACAAGCAGGACACCACCCAGUACCAGGUUUGGCUGACACACCUGGUCCUUUGCCAAAGUUUGUUGAUUUACAAUUGUCUCAGUUACAACCACAAUCAACCAGCAAUUCGUAUUUGUCAAGUCAACCAAACAAUGCCAUUCCUGGAUCUGCCACUCCACAGGAAUCAAUCUCUCCUGUUAGUGCACCUGAUUAUCAAAAGUUUUCUCAAUUAUUUGCUAAAACAGUGGGAUCUGUUCAAGGUGAAUUGAGUGGAGUGCAGGCCAAAGACAUUUUCUUGAAAGCAAGAUUACCUACUUCUACAUUGGGUCAAAUUUGGAGCUUGGUCGAUAGAAACAAUUUAGGUGCCUUGCAUGUGGGCGAAUUUGUGAUUGCAAUGCAUUUGGUGCAAGGAGUUUUGAGUGGUCGUAUUAAGCAAUUACCACCAUAUCUUCCUGAUACUGUCUGGAAAUCGGUUGAAAAUGGUGGUGCAAUUUCGUCCCCACCGCCUCAGUCACCAUAUGGACAAUCAUCUCGUCAAGCAUCUGUUAGCUCUCAACAAACUGCAAUUAGACAUCCACCUGUUGAUGAAGUGGAUGGUGAAUGGGCAAUAACUUCUGUCAUGAAAGCCCAAUAUGACUCGAUUUUCAACAACCUUGACAAAGAGCACGUCGGCCACUUGAAUCCAGACCAGGUUGCUUCAUUCUUGAUGACAUCCAAAUUAGACCAACAAGAUUUGGCCACUAUUUGGGAUUUGGCAGAUAUUCAAAACACUGGUCUUUUCACAAAAUUGGAAUUUUCAAUUGCCUUGUUUUUGGUGAAUAGAAAGACUAGUGGAAAAAACUUGCCUAAUGUAAUUCCAGACAGCUUGAUCACUUCAAUCAAGAGUGUUGGGUCCAAGCCUUCUGAGGCUCCACCACCAGCUCGAGUCAAAUCCGCAAUGGACGAUUUAGUUGAUGUAUUUGGAAGUCCAUCUCCACAACCAGCUGCGUCUCCUCAACCAGCUACAUCUGCACAACCAGCUGCAACUUUGCAACAAAGAGUAUCAUCAAGUGACUUGUCCCACUCGACAAAGCCUCGCUUGACUAGUACUUUCAAACCAACCUCAUCUUUCGGUCAAUCUUUGAUGAAUCAGCAACAACCUAAGCAAGAGGAGGAAAAGAAGGAGGGGCUUGUUCGUGGCCAGUCUUCACCUCUCACUGCUCACGCCUCCCCUGUGCCUACUCUGGCUUUGCCCAUCCCCCCUCAAGCAUCAUCUGUCCCUGCUCAAUCAUCACCUCAAAAACAUGUUAACUACGAUGCCUUGCGCACUGUUGCUCCUCCACCACCACCGCCAGCUGCGAGAAGUGGCGUUAACAGCAACAAUGAUUUAUUAGCCGAUCCCGAGCACUCGGCACAAUUAUCUCAAGCAACAUCAGAUUUGGCAAAUAUCGGAAACCAAAUCAACUCUCUCAGAAGCAACACGAAAAACUUGGACGAAAAAAAGUCCAAAGCUGAACAAGAGCUUCAAAAAUUGUUGGCGGCAAAGGCAGAGUUUGAAGAUAAGCUUAAGUCGUUGAAAGGUUCCUAUGAUAUCGAGGUAAAGCAAUAUGCUGAAAUUGAAGAGCAGGUUGGGAGGGUAAAAGACGAGACUGAGGCAUUGAGAUCCGAAGUUUCUUUGUUGACAGCUACAAAAAACGAUCUUUCCAACAAAUUGCAGCUGCAACAAGAACAAUUGCAGGAAAAAAACCAUGAAAGUCAAUUACUCAAAGAACAAAUUAGUGAGUUGAACAAGGGGACGACUGAACUCCAGGAGCAAUUAGGAAUCGCAUCGAAUGAAUUUGAAAAGUUGAGCAGCAACGUUGAGGUGAGCAGGGCUCAAACCCAAGUUCUUCUUUCCAAGAACGAGGAAUUGAGGAGUCAGAUUACUUCGAGGGAGGAAGAGAAUAAAAGGAUUGUGGCCGAAUUGGACAGAGAAGAAAAGAGAAGGGUUGAAGAGGAGGAGAAGCAAAGAUUGUUGACUAAGGAACAUGAAGAUUUGAAAAAGACUGUUGUUGCUGUUUCUAGGGGUGCGACCGCUAAUAUUGGUGUUGGUGCUGGUGUUGCGGCAGGAGCUGUUAGUGCUGUUAGUGCUGGUGUUGCUUCCGAACUGGAAAAAGACAAAGAAGAUGCGGUGGACGAAGAGAAUGACGCUUCAGCUACAUCCCCUAGUGCCUUAGAAGGUAAAGGUAGUGGAUCCUCCUCGUUCGAAAUGGUGGAAGGUAGAGCAGCACCUGAGGAGUUCCCCUCUAUCAAAGAACUUGAUUACCAAGAGAGUGAAUCAGACGAAGAGCCACACUUUGACGAUGCUGUCGACAAUUUCAAACAACCCACCCAACGUGGAAAAGAGGAAGCUGCAUUUGAUGAAGACAUUUUCAAUGAUCUUCAGCCAGCAACUGAAGAUGUUGAUGAGAAUUUCAAUUUGGAGCCUGCCCAAGUGGACAAUGAAGAUACAACCGAGUUUGAGAAAUCCGAUGAUGCAAACAAGGAUGAGUGGGAACAAUUAUUUGCAGGAUUUGGAAAUAGUUAG